GGUCCUUCCCAUUUUCGUGUGGAAUAUUCCAGGCGCACAGUUGUGUGGUGCGUUCUUUGUUUCGGACCUUUAAGCAGUGUGCAGUGGUUUGUGUGGUUGGCCGGAAUGCCGGAAGAACAGAUCCCACUGGAUGAGUACCAGCGCCCUGGGUCCUCCUCCUCGUCAGCGCCCAGAUCCCGGCAACCGUCGGUCGGGGAGCUUCAGGAAAGUGGACCACACGAGCACGGCGGGGGACACUUUGUGGCGAUACGGAACAUGCUGAACGCGACGCGUUACCGCCCAGUGGCCCGUAUUGCGCCGCUGGAACCAUCGUUCGUGCCCGCGCCCCAACGCUACUUCCCGAUAGUUAUACCCGCCGAACCGACGAUUGAGGAGCUGCUGCGCCAGGCCGCUGGCACCCAGGAGCUGGCGACGGUGAGCGAGAUCAAGCUGAAGGUCAUCUCGCACAUGACCAGCCUGCAGCGGAUACCGUGCUUCAUACCGCAGCUACGGUCCCUCAUCCUGGAGGGCAGCAUCGUGAUGACCUUGCGCGAUCUCGGCUGUGAUAUGACGUUUCUGCGCUACCUGAACGUGUCCCGGUGCAGCCUGAAGCAUCUGGACGGGACCACGGGGCUAGAAUCGCUCGAGGAGCUGGUGGCCGACUACAAUCUGAUCCAAGAGGUGGGACCGUGCACGAAUCUGAUCAACAUUAAGAAAAUUAGCCUCAAAGGCAAUCGUAUCACCGACGUGGGCAGUGUCACCUUUCUAGCGCUCUGCGAAAAGCUGGAAGUGUUGGAUCUGAGGGAAAACUUUGUCGCAGAUGAUCCCUCCUUCUGGCACGUGCUGCGUACCAACAUUCCCCAGCUGCGGUGUCUGAACGAUACGCAGUGUCGGGAGCUGGCGAACGAUGAUACGGACCUAUCCAGCUCCGACUAUCGAUCGUCCAGCUCGGGAAGCAGUGAGGAUGUGCAGCGGGGUCGCUGGGAAGGGCCUGUGGCAGCGAGUGCAAGGGAAGAUGUACCACACCCUCCAGGGGCUAGUGUACUGCGACGUCCCAUAACGUCCGCUUCCGUGGAGCGACGUGUUACGGUGGAGCUACUGGAUCAGCAACGUCCUUCAACGGCUGAUCCAGUGAAGAUCAAAGCCCAGCUCACCUCGGGCGAACCGGUAGUGGGCAGUGUCAUCACAAAGGCCCGGCGUCGCCGCCGUCAGCGUACCGCAUGGGGCGAAUCCACCUCCUGCUCCAGCGUGAGCAGCUCCGAAUCAUCAUCGUCGUUUGCGAAAGAUUUCCCCGACCGAUUGCCCCAGAAGGUGGUCGAUCUGGAGCUCGGCGUAAUCGGUCAGGGUGAGACGUCGCGUGGCCAACAGCAGCAGCAGCAGCAGCAGCAUCGGACGGCCGUGUCCGCCACCGAACCGGACGAUGACAACGACCCGCAGAGCUUGUUGCGUGCCGCACGCCUAUGGCGCCAGCGAUCGUUGCAAACGCGCGAAACGAUACGCGAACAAGAGCAAAUGCUAAUUUUGCGGCAGCUGCACGAUGAGGACUAGAGCGGAACCGCCUCGCAAUGCCAUGUGUGGAGGGGUUUGAAUUUGAUUGUAGAAAGUUUCAUUACGUGCGGUUAAGCGGUAGAGGUAGCAGUAGAUGCAAUGUUUGUUUGUUUUUCGUUCUUUGGUUGAAAUAAAGCACCCCCGGUUUAGUACGCGAGUUGUGU